AUGCCUCGUGCCGCUCGGCUCGCGAUCGAAAGUUGCAGCGCAGUUCGCAGCUCCCGCAACAAGGCGUGGUUGCGAAGCUGGAAGGGAGAAGGGUUUUUCUCAACGCGAGGGUUUUUUGCGACGGUGUCCCGCGACGAGGGUUUUUUGCGAUGGUUCAACGGGUUUUUUUUGCGACAGUUCAGGAGGGUGAAGAAGAGGACUGCGCUCGUGUGCUUUGAUGGUGCUUUUGUUGCCUCCUUGUGUGAUAUUGUGGAAGAGGUGGUGUUGCGCAGCUGCGCGGCGCAGCGUCUCCUGUCGCAGGGCGUUCCAUAUUUCCACGAACGAAUGUUGAUGUUGGUUGACGGCGAGGGUGACGAAAAGGAGUUGUGUUCUUUGAUGGUGCCCGCCUUGCCGUGGCAGAGAAGCUCAGUACCACCUCGAGUGGGAAGCCAAGAGGCGCUCAUAGACCUUGACUUGUUUGUGUGCUGUUGUGGAAGAGAUGGUGUUGCGGAUGUUGUGCACGAGGUUUCGGCCAGCAUUGGUGGAGAGGCGGAAACCAGAUCCAACAGCCUCUUCAAACCAACGGAGGCAAAGGUCGUCCAUAUGGGCAAGGGCAAGGUGAACCACAACUCCCACGCUUGCUGGGACAGGGAGACGCCACUGUCCAUGAAGUGCGCCGGAGAUUUGACCUCAAUCUGCCUGAGAAAUGCUGCAUUGGCUGUGGAAGUACCUUCUGCGAUCCCUGGUGAAGUGUACCACGCUGGUCGGGACUUGGCGAGUCCAUCCGCGAAGGACUGUGGUCAUUCGGGGCUGGAUGCGCCAGAGCAUUCGGAGGAGCGGCGAAAAGCGGAGGAGACGCUGAAGGAACACAUCCGGAAUUUGUCCAGUGAGCAGCUGAAAGAGUCAGGAUCUCAGGCAGUUCAAGAUCUGGGAACGGACGCGCUCAGAGAGGAGUUGCGGCAGAAGGGCGAAGCGCGCGAGGCGCUGAAGCCGCGCGAGGCGCUGAAGCCGCGCGAGGCGCUCAAGCCGCGCGAGGCGGUCAAGCCGCGCGAGGCGCUUAAGCCACGUCAGGACCCCAACGUCACGGAUGACAAGGGCGAGACUCCUCUCUUUAAGGCCUGUGAAGGCGGCCAUCUGGAAAUCGUGAAGAUGUUAUUGAAAGCCAAGGCGACCUUGUCUUGCAACACCCUGGGCCAGACACCACUGCACGCGGCGGCAGAGGCAGGACAUCUACAGGUGGUGCAGUUGUUGUUGAAACAUGCUGACGAAGAGUCGGCCGACAACGACGGGCGUACGGUCAUGUUCCACGCGGCGGCCAAUGGACACGCCUCCGUGGUGGCGCACUUGAUGAACUUGGACUGCGAUCCCCGCAGGGCAAGCGCCCACGGCACACCAAUUUCCAUCGCAGCGCAGAAUGGGCACUUGGAGGUGCUGAGUUGUUUGCUGAAUGGAAAGUCUCCGCGCACUGGAGAGGCGUUGCAAAUUGCCUCUGAGCAGGGCCAUUUGGAUAUCGUGAAGCUCUUGCUUCAAUUGAAUCCCAAGGAGAUCCCCGGGAAGGCGCUACAUGCGGCCACCUUCCAUGGGCACUCGGAGGUGGUGAAGGCUUUGGUCCAGGCCGGAGCCGACAUCAACGAAGAAGACGAGGAAGGUUGGACGGCGGCCAUGCGCGCGGCACAGUACGGCCAUGGCUCUAUUUUGCGGUAUUUCCUGGACACGGGAGCCAGUAAGGAUCGGGUCAAGAAAACGGGCGCCCUGGCGUUGUUGCUGGCAGCGGAGUAUGGGCACCUCGAGGUGGUGAACACCUUGCUGGAGGCGGGCGUGGAGAAAGACGGGGAGACGGAUGAGAAGUGGACGCCGCUGCAUGCGGCCGCGGUGAAGGGAAAGUUGGAAGUGGUGCGAUUACUGCAGGCCGCUGGCUUCACCUUAGACUCCCAGACCCGGACGCUCUCUACGCCGCUGCAUCUGGCGGUGCAAUCUGCACACCUCGAGGUGGCGCGGUUCCUGGUGGAGGCCAAGUCAGAUUUGGAGCUGCCAGACCAGAACGGCAACACGCCGCUGCACCUGGCUGCCGAGGGGAACUUUAGCGCAGCCUGUGGGUUCUUAGCCUCUGCUCGAGCACCGUUGGAUGUGACCAACAACGAGGGCUGUACGCCCUUGCAGCUGGCUACGCGCGGCAACUGCACUGAAGCAGCCAAUGUCUUGAUCGAGGCGAAGGGUGAAACGAAAGCCGUGGACAUGGCCUUGCGCUUUCCGGAGAUGCUUGAAACCUUGAUCUGGGUGGGCGUGGAUCGCGAGAAAGCCAAAGAGCGCAAGCUGCAACCGGUGCACAUUGCGGCGGCCAAUGGACACAGCGAACUCAUGAAGUUUCUUCUGGCAGAGAAAGCCUCCGUGAAUCUGGCUUCCAAAAACGGUGCCACGCCGCUGUUUCUGGCCGCGGCCUGGCAACGCGACGAAUGCCUCUGCUGCAUCUUGCAAGCGCGGGGCGAGGUGAAUGCCGUAGAAAGCAAUGGAUGGACACCGCUCCAUGUGGCCGUCCGCCGCGAGUUCGUGCCCAUCAUCCGCUACUUGUUGAAUGCCAGGGCUGAUGCCAAUAUCGCCGAUCGUAAACAAAGGGCUCCCCUUUACUUCGCUUCCUUCCUCGGUAACUUGCGUGUGGUGCGGAUGUUGGUCCUGAGCCGUGCCUCGGUGGACGUCACGGAGCGCCGGAAGUGGACGCCGCUGCAUACGGCGAUCCAGCAGGGCUUCAUCGAGGUGGCGAAGAGUCUGAUGGACGCCUUGGCAGACCUCAAUUUGACCACCUCGUUGGGUUCCACUGCGCUGACCCUGGCCACGCUGCAACGCGACGACCGGGCCUUGGAGCUGCUGCUGCAGAAUGCAGCGGAUCCCAACGUGGCGGCAGGGGAAGGCUUAACUCCGCUACAUCAUGCAGCAGAGCUCGGUCUAGAGACGAUGCUCCAACGCCUGCUCCUGGCACGCGCACACGUCGAGAGCCGCACCAUGGAAGGUUUGACGCCGAUGUACAUCGCAGCACAGGAAGGCCAGCUGCACGUGGUUCGCAUGUUACUCGAAGCUCGCGCCGACAUCAACGUCACCAAGCGGCCCCCUGGCAGCGAUCCGAACGCGCCACCUCGACCUAUGCCGACGAGCGGCAGAAACCAGAUGCCGGACGGCAGUAGCGCCCUCUUUGCCGCUGCUGCGAUGAACAAGUUGACGGUGGUGAAGUACUUACUGGCUGCGGGGGCCGACAAGGACCUCCCACACAGAGCGGAAAAUGGUGCCACCCCCUUGUACAUUGCAGCAUACAAAGGUCACACGGAAAUCGUGAAAAACCUGCUGACAGCCAGAGCUAGGCUCCAGGUGGAGAAGAAAUCAUCGCUUUGCCCCGCGCUGGUGGCCGCAGUGGAGAUGUCACACCUGGACACCUUGCAGCUUCUGUUGGAGGCGCGGGCCCAUGCCAUCGAGGAUUCCGGGAUGACUUUGUUGGCGGUGGCGCAGGGGGACAACAGCCAGGCAAUGCUAAAACUCUUGCAGUACGGUGUCCACAAGGACCGUUGCGAUAGCUGCGGUUGGGCUCCAAUGCACGCGGCCGCCAGCUGCAAUGCACUGAACGUCACCAAGACUCUCCUCGCGGCACGGGCCACCCUGGAGAACACCGGAAAAAACGGCGCCACGCCGCUCUACGUGGCCGCCUUGAACGGCAGCAGGGAGGUGGUGAACCUUCUGCUGGAGGCCCGGGCAGAUCCGCACCGCCACCGACAGCACGGCUGGGCGCCGAUUCACGCGGCAGCGUCCAAUGGACACCUGGAUGUGGUGCGACGAUUGCUGCAGGCGAAUGCAGACAAGAACCGACUGAAAGACAAUGGCACCACGCCCUUGUUCUUGGCAUGCAGUCAGGGACAUGAAGACGUGGUUGACUACUUAUUGGAAGCGCGAGCAGAUAAGGACAAGGCCAGUGACAGGCGCGGGUCGCCACUGCAUGCGGCCUGCGCCAAGUGUCAUUUGAAGGUCAUGAACUCUUUGCUUGUGGCCCGGGCGAAUGUCAACGAAAGCCGCGCCGAUGGGGCCACACCACUCUUCUUUGCCUCGAGGUCUGGGUCGCCCCAAGCAGUGCACAUGCUGUUGGAGGCAUCAGCGGAUCAAGAAAAGCUACACGAGGAUGGAUUCCAGGCCUUGCACAUCGCAGCAACCCAAUGUCAUGUGGAAACCUCUCGCAUCCUCAUGGGCUACAAGCUGGCCCAGAGUUCCUUGGUCACGGCCAUGGCCAAGGAACUACCAUGA